CUCUCGUCUCUCCCCUGACCUUCAAUCCCCUUCUCUGCUCCAUUCACCGCCAGACCGGGUGUGUCACCUAUCUUUCCGGGUUGAUUCCGUCCCAUCCAUUCCAUCCACCGUUUCCGGGCCCCCUAUUCUCGUUUGUUUGUUUGUUUAUUUAUUUCCAUUUCCAUUACCCCACCAUGGGCGAGUCUAGGCAAGAGUUGUUGGCGUGGGUGAACAACCUGUUGCAGUUGAACAUCACCAGGAUUGAGCAAUGCGGAACUGGUGCUGCGCUCUGCCAGAUCUUUGACUCGAUUUUCAUGGAUGUCCCCAUGUCUCGAGUCAAGUUCAGCGUGAACACCGAAUACGCCUAUCUCCAGAACUUCAAGAUCCUCCAGAAUGUGUUCGGACGCCACCAGGUCGACAAGCCCAUCCCCGUGGAGUUGCUCUCGAAAUGCCGCAUGCAGGAUAACCUGGAGUUCCUCCAGUGGACCAAGCGAUACUGGGACCAGCACUACCCCGGCGGGGACUACGACGCCGUGGGCCGCCGGAAGGGAGCCGGAGCACCGGCCGUCGGAGCGCCCAAGCCGCGCGCGGGUGCCACGUCGGCGAGCAGUGCCCGCCGGGGCAUGACCCCGACGGGUGGAGCAGCCCGGCCGCGGGUGGCGGCGGCGGCGGGGCCCAACACGGCGGCGCUGCAGCAGGAGAUCGCGACGCAGAAGGAGGCGAUCACGGGGCUGGAGAAGGAGCGGGACUUUUACUUUGCCAAGCUGCGGGAUAUCGAGGUGCUGCUGCAGACGGCGAUCGAGGCGGACCCGGAGCUGGAGAAGGAUGACGACUCGUUUGUCAAGCACAUCCAGGGCAUCCUUUACUCCACCGAGGAGGGGUUCGAGAUUCCGGCCGAGGGUGAAGAGGCUGAGGGGGUGGCUGACGAGCUGGAGACGUUUUGAGCUGGCGUAUUGUGUCUGAUUGUCGCUAUUAUCUCCUCCAACCAAUACCCCCGUUUGCGCCGCGGCUAUUAUGUUCCCUAUUUUCCCUAUUUCCCCUCUUUCCCCCUCUUAUCUUUCCCUCCCUACUCUGUAUUUCCUUUCUCUACCCUGAGGGGAGGUGGGAGUUUAGUUUGAAUGAUGCUGGAUAGAAUGGGAGAGUGACCACUGGAUGUACAGACAGGGGUGGAAUGCCGUACGUGUAGCUAGACUUGGAAGUAGCAAUCUACUGGGUGUCUGUACUCUACUUG